AUGCGCGUACACCUCUCUGCGGAACGCUUGUAUCAGCUAGUCACUGCCCACUUGCCUACUCCACUCGAGCUUUAUUCCCCUUUUGCUUGGCUAUUCAGCCUUGAUCAACCUACAAUCAGUUGCUUUGCAGGAAGUCGAGAGCUGGAUGGCCUAUUUUAUGACUUGCUUCUCGGACAUCUGUAUACCUGGCCCGAUGAGAUCCCUGCUUCGCAUACCGAAUUGUUUGAGUUCUCCCUACCGGAAACCCUGAAAAUGAUUCAACUUGCCAACUUCCAGUCUAUUUUCAGAGUCUUAGAGCCCAUAGCCUCAUCACAUCCUAGUUUUAUUUCAGGUUCCUUCCAUUCGGGGGCUAAUCUUUUUAUCAACUUUCUCGAUCGAGUGAUAUCAGGUCAACUAAAUCUAUUGGCAAGCACUCGACUGAUUCGUCUUCUCUGGCGGUUACUGCCGAGCUUAGACAAUUGUCCUCCCAUCAAUUACUCGUCCAUUGGGAUUAAGCAUAUAGACUUGUUAAUUCGAAUCCUGGUUAGGCGUCUAAGUGUACCACAUGUUAAAAUUUACGGACUUAUGGACGGACUCUUCUCUCAGAUCUCUAAACAGCUGCUUGCAGAUCUCUCAGCUAUAGAAGCAUCAGAUCACGAAGCCUCUUACUAUUCCCACCUUCUAAGUAGGAUGGUUGAGCGAAUUUGUGUUCUUGGACCUGGGCUACCCAUCCCAGGUCUGACAAACUUGGUCGACGCUCUUUUUGCGUUGGUGAUAGAACCAGUCAUCUCUCAUGUUAUUGAGCUAUUUCCAUCAUACAGGACUUCAUACUCCUUGAUCCAUAAGAACAAAUUGCAUUUACGGUCCACAAAACCGUUGGAUAAGCCGUACUGCUCUAUACAAAGAGUGUCUUCUGCCCACUUGCCACCAAUCAUUCGGCCAGCAACCUGGGAUAUGAUUUUGCAGCUGAUUGCUUCACCCUGUCUUCAAUUGAUACCCUUUGCUAGUCGGUCAGGCCUUUGGUGUAACCGCUUGUUUGAUCUACUUCCUUCAUCCUUCCUGCCUCCCACCACCAAUGCCACUGCACCUGCAACAAAUGCAUUAGCUCCUGUUGAUCUGUGUCUAUUCUAUCAUCUACCGUUUCUGACGAAUCAGUUAGCACAACAAGUGGAAAUGCUUCCCACCCACGGAAUUGAGGCUAUUUGUCUCCUGGCCAGUAAACUUCUAAACCUAUUGAUGGCUUCUGACUGGGCUGAUGCCUCUCCCACUAUUCUGCCUGAUUCUCUUCUUUCUCCGCUGGAGCUAGAAUUGCCUACUCCAUAUUCUCGUCUGAUAUCUCCAGUUUCAGCAACUUCUUGUCGUCUAGAUGGUUUGAUAGAUCUUUUUUUUCUGUCAAUCAUCCAUCUUCUAUCAUCAAGGGAGUCAAAACGUGAUCUCGAUCGAGAAAAUCUAGAGGUACAUACACAAUAUUUACUGUUUUAUCUAUAUUGGAAUGUAUUUUACCUUCCUAUAAACUACUUGAUUGAUGUGUAG